AUGUAUCGGAAGUUGUCUAAGUUAGAACACUCGGAAAUAAAACAACUUCUAACAGAAGCUAACAUAGAAGUAGCAAAACAUUACGCAACAAACAAAAAAGCACUCGCUGACUUCAUUAAAGACUUCAAUGGUGCAAUAAGUUAUGAUAGAAUUCAUGAGUUCAUAAAGCCGCAACGCGGCGAGGACGAAGUCCACGCAAGAGCAUUUCCUUUAAAUGACGUUGCUAUUGACUUAUAUCAUAGACGUUCAGUACCUCAUGAAGUAAGAAGAGAAAUGUUUGACAUAACAAAUGCAAACGUUGGUGAAACAAGAAGAAGAGACGACAC